UGGUGGACCAAUGAGGCUUCGAUCUGUACCGGAGAAACAUCCAGGAGCUGGCAUCCUCUGGACUGGCGUGACUGGGAAGGUUUAUUAUAUCCAGCCGAUGAAAUACGAAAUCGUCGCCAUUUGCAGGUCCAUAAUUAGCUGCCUGCUGGAGGGUCAAUGGACAUGAUAGUCUCUCUGCUACCAGUUCUUCCUGGACUACAGAGCUUCAGUCCCCUGCUAUUUGUGGAUGUGCUGUCAAAUCAAAAGAAGUAUCAUUUCAAUAUACUCGAACAAGUUUUGUAGAAAUACAACCACCGGAAACAUUAAGUAGUGCAUAAAAA